AGACAGAAGUGAAAGAGGAGUGAUGGAGAUGGGAAGACGAAAUCACGACCUUACGUAAGGUCAGGUCACGACACUGACCUUAUCGGGCAAGGCAUACUUGACUGCACUGCAGUGUCAAGACAGACAUUCACUGAUGAAUCUGUCACAUAACCAUGGGCAGAAGCAGGACUGAGAUGCCAGUAGCCGUUCAACGUCUGCAACGAGAGGAUACGAAGCUCUACGCCGUGUCACUGCUUCUGUCUGUAUGAGUGCCUUGGUGUCACGGUUGUGGAGUGGUGCACCCCAACGUUUCAACGGACUCCAUUUGCGAUAGCACCGAUGAUAUGGUCUUGCUCAUAAUGCACCAUCAUGAUUGGCCCCAAGCCACACAUCAGCGAGCAACCCAUUACAAUCCGUAACUGGCACCGCCAUGUGGAUUGGUUCAACACGACCUUCAUCAUAAUUGUGCCUCUAUGCGGCUGCAUUGCGGCUAUCUUCACGCCCUUGCGAUGGCCGACUGUCAUCUGGGCCGUCCUCUACUACUUCUGGACCGGGCUAGGGGUCACUGCUGGCUACCACCGGCUAUGGUCCCAUCGGACCUAUGAGGCUGGCCUAUCACUAAGAAUCUUCCUGGCCUGCGCUGGCAGUGGCGCCGUGGAAGGUUCGAUUCGCUGGUGGAGCAUCAAGCAUCGAGCCCACCACCGGUGGACCGACACGGAGAAGGAUCCGUACAACACCCGUCAGGGCCUGCUGCACUCUCACCUUCUCUGGAUGAUUCUGAAGCCGAACCCCAAGAACAAUGCCCGGACCGAUAUCUCUGACCUGAACGCGGAUCCAGUGGUCAUGUGGCAGCACCGGAACUACACGAAGCUUGCGAUUGGGUUUGGCCUGGUCUUGCCAACGGUUAUGGCCGGCGUGGGAUGGGGGGACUGGAAGGGGGGCUUGGUGAUUGCCGGCAUUCUGAGGAUGUUUCUCUUUCAACAGGCCACCUUCUGCGUCAAUUCGUUGGCCCAUUGGCUGGGCGAUCAGCCCUUUGAUGACAGGAACUCGCCACGCGAUCACAUUCUCACUGCCUUGGUCACGUUUGGCGAGGGUUACCAUAACUUCCACCACGAGUUCCCCUCGGAUUACCGCAAUGGCAUCGAGUGGUGGCAGUACGAUCCCACCAAAUGGGCGAUCUGGAUCUGUGCCCGGUUCCGGCUGGCCUCCAACCUCAAGCGUUUCCGCACCAAUGAGAUCGAGAUGGGCCGUGUACAGCAGCUGCAGAAGAGACUCGAUCACCGGGCGGCCUCUCUCGGGCGGUGAUGGCUGGGUGCCAGCUGUAUACCCUGAUCGUGCGAGGAAAGAGGAAGAGCAAAAGGCAGGCUUGCAUCAGGGCAGUGGUGGUCUUCUUUCGUCCCCAUUCUUCCCUCUUGAUUUAGCGCCAAUAAUGCUUUUUGGUAAUCAGACAUAGUUUGAGAUCAAAUUCGGGCUUCACGGUACUAGAUGUCAAAUGUAUGAUUCAGAG